UAUGAUUAGUACUACAACACAAAUUGUUACGGCUGAGGAUCCACCUGUGAAGUAAAGUCAACUAGCAUCUCCAAAUGACAAUACCACUACUGUAAUAAACUUAUAAAAAGUACAUUUUUUUAUAGGAUUAGGACAACUACAACACGAAUUGUUACGGCAGAGGAUCCACUCGUGAAGUAAUUCCAUUAGCAUCUGGGUAAGUAAAAGAUGCUUUUUGAUAGUAUAGGAUAAAAACAUGACAUACACACACACACACACACACACACACCCAAUCCAUAAGUUUGAUGUUAAAUUAAUUCUAACAUGUGAUAAAGAGAGAGAGACAUUUCAACUUGUGAAUUUCAAGUGAAUUGCUCUGUCCACAAGCCUUCCAUCUCACGCAGAGUUGAUCACUUCAAGACCUCACUCUGAGAGAGAGACAGAGAUGGCCAUUCCGACUUGUGCAUUUCAUGCGAAUUGCUGUGUCCAGAGGCCUUCCAUCUCACACAGAGUUGAUCACUUCAAGACCUCUCUCUUCUCUGUUUUCAAGCCAUUAAUGAAAGAGUUGCAGCAAGAUCCUCUGCAAAUCAGUGUUUCUGAAAUCAUUAAGAACACAUCUGUGACGUUGUUAGAUGCCUUUGCUGAUUUGGUGUUCGAAUUCAAUGAUCAACCAUUGCUCCCAUCUCAGAGUAACUUUGCUCCGGUUGAAGAGUUGGGAAAAGCUGUUCUUGUUACCAACAUUGAAGGGAGGAUUCCAGAUGAUUUUCCAGAGGGUGUUUACUUAAGAAAUGGCGCAAACCCUCUUUUUGAAGGACUAAAAUCAACCAUUUCUAUGUUUGGAAGAUCAAGUCACACUUGGGUGGAAGGAGAAGGAAUGCUUCAUGCUUUGUAUUUUAAUAACGAUAGCAGUGGAAGCUGGACUGUCUUCUAUAACAACAAACAUGUUCAUACCGAGACAUUCAAGUUAGAAAGACAAAGAAAUGAACCAUCUUUUCUUCCAGCAAUAGAAGGGGAUGCACUGGCUAUUUUGUCAGCUCAUCUGCUAAAUAUGCUAAGAUUUGUCAAAGUAAACAAAGACUUUAGCAACACCAAUGUUUUAAUGCAUUCGGGGAAGUUAUACGCAGUUGCUGAGAAUGAUUUGCCUCAAGAGAUAGACAUCCUUACACUGGAAACUUUAGGCAAUUGGGAUGUCAAUGGAGCUUGGAAUCGACCAUUCACUGCCCACCCGAAGAAAGCUCCAGGUACUGGGGAGAUGGUCUUAAUGGGGGUUGAUGCGAAGAAACCUUACUUUGAAUUGGGAGUGAUUUCAGCUGACGGAAAGAAAUUAGUACAUAAAGUGGAUCUCAAAUUCAACAGGUGUACCCUUUGCCAUGACAUAGGUGUUACACAGAGAUUGAUGAGGUAUGAUAAGGAAGGGUACGCAAGGAUUGGGGUAAUGCCUCGUUACGGCAAUGCAGAAUCAGUUCAGUGGUUUGAGGUGGAACCAAGUUGUGUACUUCACAUUCUCAACUGUUAUGACGAUGGUGAUGAGGUUGUAGUGUUGGGAUUUAGAGCUCGUGGAUCAAUCAUACCAGGACCUGAUCUUGGUUUGAACAAAUUUGAGUGGUUUUCGAGAGGUUUUAAGCCUGUAAGUUCAGUUGGAGUGACAAAAGACGGAUUAUUCUUUUGUCGUUGUUGUGAAUGGAGAUUAAAUAUGCUAAAUGGAGAGUGCAAGCUCUGCCUCAGUUUAGGCAUGGCCAAGUAUGGUGGACUAGCCAAGCUUUACUUGGGAGAUCCAGAGCACCGAUUUUAUCAGGGAAAGAGACAACACGAAAACUUCAUAAAGGUUGAAUAUCAUAAAUUUGAGAAGAACACUUCCUACUUUGGAGCUACGUUUGUCCCUAAAUGUGGAGGUUCCGAGGAAGACGAUAGUUGGAUCAUCUCUUUUGUUCAGAAUGAAGAUACUGGUAUAUCUCAGGUUUAUAUAAUUGAUACAAAGAACUUUAAUAGUGAGCCAGUUGCCCAAAUUAUGCUUCCAUGUAGAGUGCCAGAUGGUUUCCAUGGAGCUUUCAUGUCAAUGCCCUUUCAACAAUAA